AUGAGCGAAGGAACGUUAGUGCCGUCAGAUGUUCUACGCGAGAAGGUAAUGGACGAUGCUAGUAACUUUGAUGAGACAAAGGGCGAAGCAAUGGAUUAUACAAAUAUGGAACCAAUAUUCUCAACCGCGUCUGGAAUUCGAAUAGAAGUUAGCGAAGAGGCUUUAAAAAAGACUCGAACAAUGCUAGAAUCAAAUUCGUCAUUUUCUACGUCGAGUGUAACUAAAUCGAAGCCCGGACAAUUCAUUUCGCCAUUUAGAAUAGAAGGGCAAAAAAGUCUUAAGCGUCAAUUUAAUCAAAGUUUUCAAUCUCCACUAAUGACAAACACCACGGCGGAGCCGCCUAUUAAAAAGACGGCAAAUACUGCAGGCAAACGAUAUACAGAUCUUAUCGGUGUUAUAACCCUUGUCGACGAAUUUGCCGAGUUCGCUGAGACUCGAGGAAUACUUCAACUUGCCAAUUCGCACAAUCUGAUUGUACGGAAGCCCGCCGAAAUGCCCGCAAAACUGUUAUUGUUAGCAAAAAUUGAAAUCCGAUGCGCACAAAUUGUUAAUGAAUGCGACGCUCAUCCAACAGAAGUGCUGCUGGAAUUCGGCAAAUCCAAACUCACGAUUCUUGAUUCACAAAUAACUGGAAUUAAGAAACAUUCGAUUUCCAUGCAGCCGUUUCUUAGACAACCUUGUGCAAUUUUUGAGUUGGGAAACGAUCCCAACAAGACCAAAGCGGUUUCCAAGGUGCAGAUAAUCGAUUUUGGCCCAAAAGCUUAUCGUGGAUGCAAAAAAUGCAAAUACUCAUUGGCGACGAAGCCGAAGAAGAUUUCAAAUUGUCCGAAGUGCAAUUCAAAAAUCACGGAGGUUGUGAACUGUUACUACACUUUGAUUCGUGUAAUCGAUUAUUCUGGACAAAUACAAUUACAUGUGCCUGACAGUCUAAUGAGCAGAUUCUUGCAAUUCCUCGGCUAUCAGGGAAUUGAGGAGAUUGAGAAGUUUAUGUCAUUACAAGAAAGAUUAAAUUAUGUGUUCAAACCAAUGAUGGUAGCCAUUGAGAAGACGCCAACGAUCAAUAACGAAUGGACGUUAGUCGAUUUUGAUGAAGUCGAUUGGAACUCAUAUGGUCAAUUUUUGGAUGCAAAAUGCAAGCAAUUAGGCAUUUAG